GCGUCGAAAUCAGAGGAGGGCAGUGAAAGGUCGCAGACGGCGCGCAGAUGGGCAGAGACGGCGGGAAUCCGCUGACGUGUCAAGAGGGGAGGGAGCGGCGACAAAUCGCAGACAGCGCACAAACGGGCAGAGACGGCGGGAAUCCGUUGACGUGUCAAAAGGGGAGGGAGGGGGCGGCGACAAAUCGCAGACAGCGCGCAGAUGGGCAGAGACGGCGGGAGUCCGCCGAGCAGGGUGAAACGGGAGGAGGGCAGCGAGAAGUCAUGGACGGUGUAUCGAGGUGACGGGGCAGCGGGAGUCCGCCGAACAG